CAGUUUGUAUAUAUACUUUAUCAAGAAAUCUGAAUGGAAUGUUGCAUACAGCGAAUUCUAAUAAUUGUUUUAAUUGUGAUCGAGUAAAAGGUAUAGAAGGUGGAGAAGGCCUUUUAAAUAACAUGUCCAGAGUAGUUUCUAUAGCUUCAUGAACAGGAACAUUUGCGUAUAAAUUAUUGACAUCAAAACUAACCAUUAUUUGAUCAGAGCUAUUUUGGAUUCCUAUAAUCUUUUUCACAAAUUCAAAUCAUACAAUCUCGGCAAAGAGGCGGCGGUGACGGCGUGGCGAUUAUACAAUCUCGGUGUUGGGAAAAAGUUUAUGUGGUCAAAAAUGAAUACUGUUUAAAAUAUCAAUCAACUUAAUGUUACAUAUCAAUCAGCUGAAACAUAUGAUAAAUGGUUGUCAGAACCUCUAACGAAAACUGGUGCUUAUGUAAAAGAAAAAAAUGAAUCUAGUUCAUCGGAUGAUGACGAAGAUGAUGAUCAGAGUGACGACGAAAUUAGUUGUAAUCCUUCAAGUUUUGUGACAUUUGAUAGUACUGAAUCAGGAUGUAUCAAACAAUUUCGCACACAUGAUAACCUGAUGAUACAUAUGACAACAGGCAAACAUGUUAUGAAAAUCGAACGAUGUUAA